UCCCCCUCCUCUCGACCACCGUUCAAAUUAGCGGCAACAACCAAUAGGGUCUCUUGGAAAAUCAGAGAAACAUUGAUUCCUCCAAAUCCAAGUGGUGGAAAUGGGAAGGCUCCGGAUACUAUAACAACACCAAUACUGUUGUUAUAGUGACAACAAGGCUAAAAGAGUAAACUGACAUAAUAUCUAACCAAUAAGAAAAUUAAUUAAAAUACAUUUAUCAAUCCCUACUUAUCAAAUCGCGUUUCUUCUCUCAUCCCGUCUCGAAUUUUGCUCUGCCAGUCCGGCAACUCCGCCGAUCUCUCCCCAUCAUAGCUCUAUCACAAUGGCAGCGGCGGCUGCUGACUAGUUUUCCGACCGAAUCUCGUUUCUCCUCCGACUCCUCCGCCCCGCUUCUUCCUUGCCGGCGCCGGGAAAUAGACUCUGCAAUUUCUUCUCGUCGAUGGCCUCCUCUGUUUUAGAUCUCGUGACGCUGGCGCCUCUCAUCGUCAUUGACCUACACGCCCAACGCCGACAACGUCGCUGCGGGGAGGAUUUGCUUCUCUCAUGGCGGUUGGAAGGAGUUAGUUUUGGUGUUGGAACAUCCGCUGAUUGGAGGGAACCGACGAAGUCGCAAGCGGGCCGUAAGAUGAAGAUUCUGCCAUACAAGGAAAGGAACGGCCCAGUUCCUGAUGGGGAUUUUCACGCCGGAAUCAAUGCUGUACACCGUCAAGGUAGGCCCCCGCCGCGGCGUGGGAAGAAAUUUGAGUGGCCGCAGGAAUGAUUUUAUCUCCACCGGAAAUCCCGAAUGAUGAUAAUGAUCCUUGGAUUUUUUCUUAUACAAACCUUUUCUAUCUUCCACUAUCGCACAUUUGAUGGUCAGAUGGCAGAGAAUGAAAGAAACAGAACAAU